UCCAAGAUGGCAGCCUUCAGGGCGCUAGUGUCCGCCUGCGGGCGGCAGCUGCAAGGUUUCCUGGCAGGCCCCGCCGCGACCGGCUGGUUAUGGCUUCCAGCUCGUGGGUUGAGAGAAGUGGUGGAGAUCCAAGAAGGGAAGACGACUAUAAUUGAAGGUCGAAUCACAGAAACUCCCAAGGCGGCUCCAGAUCCCCCUAACCCCUCAGGCCAGUGCCCCAUCUGCCGCUGGAACCUAAAGCACAAAUAUAGCUACGAGGAUGUGCUGCUGCUCAGUCAGUUCAUCCGACCUCAUGGAGGCAUGCUGCCCCGGCGUGUAACAGGCUUGUGCCGGGAAGAACACCGAAAAAUCGAGGAGUGUGUGAAGAUGGCUCACCGAGCAGGUCUGUUCCCAAAUCACAGGCCACAGCUUCCAGAAGGAUUUGUACCAAAGAAUAAGCCCAAGCUCAACCGCUUCCUGACUCGCUGGGCUCCCAAGUCCGUCAGGCCCAUCUACAAAAAAGGCCACCGUUGGGACAAGGUGGGCAUGCCCGUGGGGUCACCACUCCUGAAAGACAAUGUCUGCUACUUCAAAAGGCCUCUGAAGCUGUUACAUUAAUGGGAACGGUGCUGCCGAAGACCCUGACUAGGACCUUCCAGAUGCUGCACUUGGCCCUCCCACAGGACAGGACCACUGCCCUCCACAAACAGCACAGGGACGUUGGGACUAACUCCUGUUCCCUGGAUCUGCCCAGCUGCAGUGUUGGGAGCCAGCGACAGGCAGGAGCUGGACCUCCUGGCCAGCGUGGUCCUCUGACUGGCUUAGGCUGAGGUCGGUGCAAGGGCGGGAAUCUUAGCCAAGUUGAAACGCAAUAAAGCAGGCUCUCAGCUUCCCUGUGUGCUUACAAA